UAAUCUGUGAUUGGUAUUGUUUACUGGCAGCCAUUGUAUUGCCCAUACUGAGUUUUCCAUCGCAAUUCUAGCCUCGACGUCAAGAUUCAAAGUACCCUGAAAUUUUAUCUACAGUUGUAACUAACCUAUCCUGUUGCAACACGUCAUAAUAUAUGACAUUGUAUUCGCCAAACCAUACUAACCCGAGAAUCACCGACAGAAACUGCAAACUUGAGAGUACGUUACCGACUGACUUGCAGCGUAUUUGAAUACGAUAGAAAUGCUCAUGAAUUUGCAGUACAUUGUAGUGGUGGUUUUGUACCUAAUCAUAUCAAUAGACGCCAUUAAUUGCAAAGGUUGUGUACCUUUGGAUGUAUUUACUUUUGACAAGGUAAUAUCAAAGUUCAAAGCAGCCAUUAUUAAGUUUGAUGUGGCAUACCCGUAUGGCACCAAGCAUGAUGAGUUUGCAAAAGUCGCAGAAGCUGCAUAUACUGUUCCAGACUUGCUGGUGGGGGAGGUUGGGGUGAAGGAUUAUGGUGAAAAAGAAAAUGCUGAUCUUGCAGAACGUUAUAAAGUCAACAAAGAUGACUUUCCUGUACUGAAACUUUUUGUAGCUGGUUUAUCUGAACCAUACACAUUCUCAGAUCCUGAAUUCACAGCUGACAAUAUUAAAAAGUUCAUUCGAACUAAAUCAAAUGUUCAUAUUGGUUUGCCAGGUUGUCUAGAAGCAUUUGAUAAGAUUGCAACAAAAUUUUCACAAGUCCAUGACCCAGAGAUUAAAAAGGCACUGCUACGUGAGGCAGAAGAUCUGUGGGACAAGACGACCGGAAGAGCAGACCAGAAAACUGCAGAAGUUUAUGUGAAGACAAUGCGAAAGGCACUGGAGAAAGGAGAUGAUUUUGUAGAUAAUGAAUUGAAGAGAGUUCAAAGUCUAGCCAAGGGGAAAAUGAGCAAAGAGAAGAAGGAAGAGAUGCAACAGCGUAUUAACAUUCUACAGUCCUUUCAUCAUGAGGAACUGUAGCUUAGAAAUUUUAAGUACUGCAGUACAGUAUUGACUGGUAACAGAAUUUGGACUGACAUAUAAAUACAUUCUGCGCAAUGCUCACUGUAUUUCAACAAUGCAUAGUUAGACAUUCCAUUUUCAUGGGUAGUCAGAUUCACAAAUAUUGGAAGAAAUUAAAGUAGGAAUUAUUCCUAUACUGUAAUAUGUACUGCAAUAUUAUUACAUAUUUACAGAAGUGUCACUUCUAAUUCUAAGUAUUCCCGAACGAUUCAACAAAAUUUAUUUAUAAAAUUUAAAUUCCCAAGAUUACUUCCUUUCUCAUACAUUUAAAAAAUAUGUAAUCUAUAUGCAGUGGAUACUUACCAGCACAGGGUGAUGCAAGUAGGUGGUGGAUCUCGUGUGUUUACUUCCAAGUACAUUUUCUGUAAGAACAGUCUGGAUUACUAGUUAUCUGCACAAUGCAUUUAAAUCAAACAUAUAUAAUAUUGAGUGUGAAAUGUGUUUUAGCAAUAAACUCUUUUAAAUAUCACUAUCAUUUAUUAGUCUUUAAGUGCACUUAAGUUUAAAGUUCUCUCUCUCAUGUUUUCUAGCAAUAUGAUCUGAUGUUUAGAUACCACAGCUUAACAUUGACAUCAUGAUCCUGAGUUUGAUCUAGUGCAUGUCCUUGCAAUUAUUUUCCUCUAAGAUUAAUAUUAUUAGUAACCACCCAUGUACUGUUUAAUGUUCCAAGCGGUCUCUGUCUCAAAAAAAUAUAUGCAUUCAUUUUCCCUU